GAUUCCCACUGUUUCUGAAAUCCAAUAUCUGCAAUCAAGAAUUAUGCAUCAUCUGUACUGUAAUAAAAUUCACUUCAUACAAAAAAAAAACCAACCCUUUUAGUUUUUCUUCAUUGCUUUGCUGCCAUUGCUGGAGGUCUAAGCUAAUCUUGUCUCUGAACAAAAGGAGAGAAUAAACAAAAGCAAAAAAACCUCACACACCAGAAAUUUAAAUAAAAAAUGGUAUGAAAAGGAAAAACUAAAAAAGGUAACAGUAGAACAGCAGUAAUAGCAGUAGCCAAAUUUGUAGUUUUUAGUGAGAGAGAAAAAGGCUAAUCAAUUAAGGCUUCGUCGGAAAGUUGCCCACAAAAAGGUAACUUCCCUCCCUCUUCACUCCUCUCCUUUACUUUUUUGUGUUUUUCGCCAAAUAUACAAGUUGGGUUUUUGAUGAGAUGAAACGAAGAAAAAAAUUCUAUGCCUUUGAUUGUCAGAUGAUGAUGAAGAAGUAAGUUUUUCACAUUUGAAUUUGAUUUGGGUUUCGGGUGAAGUGGAUUUUUUUUAGUGAAAUUAUGUGAAAAGAAAAACAAUGACAACAGAAUCAAACACUGGGUUUAGGAAGAUUCAUCAUGAAGAUAGUUUAGGUUCUAUUAUGAAUUGGCACGCUAUAUCUUUCCGAUCAACUGCUAUUAACAGUAGUUCCGAGAUGAUUUCCAGUUACUUUGCACCGCCGUCCAUGAUCUUGGCUAGAAAUUCCAGUAUUAUUACCACCUGCCCGGCCUUAGUCCAACCUGGAAACUCCUCUGUCUCUUCCCUCCUUCUUGAUUCGGUUGCAGGGCUCAAGCAUGAUGCAGGGUUGGCUGUUGAAUGGUCUGUUGACGAACAGUACAUAUUGGAAGACGGCCUUGAACAAUAUAAAGAGGAACCAAAUAUUAUGAAGUACAUAAAGAUUGCGGCUACCUUGCCCGAUAAAACUGUACGUGAUGUUGCAUUGAGGUGUAGAUGGAUGCAAAGAAAGAGGAGGAAACCUGAAGAACAUAAUGGAGGAAAAAAGGUGAACAAUAGGAAGGAUAAGCUGGUGGAAUCAUCUUCAAAGAUGAAUAAGCCUUCAGCUCUGCUGCAAAACAUGGCUGCAUAUCCUCUCAUGAUGAACCAUCUGGACCAAAAUGAAAGAAUGGCUUUUGAAGGAAUAAGUGGUAAAACUAUGCAUCUUUUGAAGCAAAAUGCUCAAGCUUUUAGUAAAAUCACAUUCAAUCUUUCUGCAUACAAGUCUGCAUCUACUGCUGGGCACUGCCGAUUGUUGUCAAAUGCACCUCUUGUCUCUCAAAGGUUACAGGAUAACAUUGAUCUCUUUUUUCACGCAAGGAACAAUAUUACCGCCAUCCUAAAUGACAUGAGAGAUAUGCCAGGUUUAAUGAGCCAGAUGCCACCACUGCCUGUAUCUAUUAAUGAGGAUUUAGCAAAUAGCGUCUUGCCUGGUGCAACUAAUAUCUUGCCUAGUGCAACUCGGUCGAUGAUUAUUGGCUCACCAAGCAGGAUUCAUCUCAAGCAGGAGCCAAGGUGCUGAUAGGGAAUUGUUGAGAUUGAGGUUGCAUGUAUCUGGUCAGUGUAAUUACAAAAAUUUUUCUACUGUAAAUGCAUAAGAAUCUGGUAGGAUGCUGUUCUUCCACUUGUGUACAAAAAUACUCAUCACACAGUCACAUUGGGUGCCACAAUGGAAAAUUUGUAGAGAUCCCAUUUUUGAAACCUGAAAUGGAGAUCGCUUAUCAUCUCCUGGCUUCAGGGAUUAAAAAAAAAUCUCUGACAGAUUUAGCUGAAUUUUACAUUGAAGCUCGUGUAUAAUUUAUAACUUGCAACACCUUGGAGUGGAUCCUUAUUUGGUGCUUGAUUUGUAAUU